AUGGCAGAUACUUUAUCAGAUGACAAUGGUGCGGCCAGUAGCAGCAGUGGCACGAUAACUAAUGGCACUGGCAGUGGUGGUGGCAAUGGCAAUGGAGGUAACAGCAAUAGUAGUGUAUCAGACACCAGUGGAAGCAGUGGAAACGAAGGAUCAAGCUACCACAGAUUGUUGAGCAAUCAAGAACAACAACAGAAUCAACAACAACAACAACAACAACAAAGUCAACAACAACAGCAACAUCAUCAACAUCAUAGCCAACAUCCAACUCAACAACAACAACAACAGAUUGAAGAGGAUGAUGCAUUUGAUUUGAAUACAAUGUACAGCAUACCACAUCAUUAUGGAUAUUAUGGAGGAUUCUAUGGCAAUGGACCAGGGGCGCGACGAAGACACAGCUAUGAGAAGGGCUCGAGCAACUCGCGACGACCCAUGAUCCCGAUGUUCUCAUGGAAUGCCGGCCUGUCAUCAUCUUCAUCUUCUUCUUCGUCUCGCUCGCCAUCACCUCAUCUCUUUACAAUACUGGGCGACAACAAUAAUAAUAAUAAUAAUAAUGGACAGUCACUGCCAGGCGCGUCAAUGCCCUCAAUCAGCUCGAGUUCCACCGAAGGAUCACCGCCACUCAAUUCGGUGGGCGGCAGCAAGUACCUCAAGGUGCCAUCGAUGGACAACUUUCUUCACUCAAACUCGGCGUCUCUGCCCUCGCCCCUGCCCGUGCAGUCCGACUCGCUGUACCCGCCACCCUUAUCUACAUCACACCAACCAACGCCUCCAAUGACACUUCCGAGCUUUGGCGGCACCAGCGUAGCGUCUCAUCACAAAUCACAUCAAUCACAUCAUUCCCCUUCCACGCCAAACCCAACCCAAUCCGCGACCGUCACGCCAUCGGGGCAGCAACAGCAACAGCAACAUCACCACCGAACGCUCGAGAUCAAACAUCCAGUGUAUGAAAAGACCAUGUACUUUGUCCACUUCAUCCUGUCAGUGGUGCUGCUGUUCAAUGUCGUGCUGCUGGUCUCCAAGCACUUCUUUUACAAGCUGCAGACGUGGAGUGGCGAGCGCGACAGCGUCAAGAGUCUCCUGCUGUUCAUCAAUCCGUUCCACGUCGUCUUCUCUUUGGUGGUGCUCCUGUUUCUGUUCCUGCAGCUGAAGGUACGCAUACUGUUUGAGCACAAUAUCCACACGCGCUCGCAUUUGCAUCAUCAGAUCACCAAGAAGGAACAGCGUCAGGCGAGGAACUCGAGUGAGCUCAGCGAUCAGGACCAGCCCCCUAUCAUAGUCAAUCAGCAAGCUGCCAGCGACCCAUCCUCAUCAUCAUCAUCAUCACAGUACAAGCCAAUGUUCAUUGCACGCUCCUUGGACUACAUGUUCCUUGGCCUGGCACUCUCAGGCUUUGUUAACACCAUCUUUAUUCAAUCAUACUUCAACCCAAAGGAUGAUUCCUUUGACCACGAUACAAUAUUCAAUAUUUGCUCAGCGGUUGAGUUCAUAUUUGUUGGAAUAACAUUGAACUUUGCAAGCUUUAGCGUGCGAUCGACGAAGCAGCAUAGACAACAUACUCAUCAUAGAGGUGGCUCAACAACAUCACAUCAUGCGCAGCAACAGCAACAGGAAGAGGAGCAGCCUCCCAAGGGCGGCACAGUAGCCCUGCGAUUCAUCAAGAAGUUUCUGGCACGAGUCUAUCUCUCACUGGCAGUCCUCUACAUCUUGCUUGUUGCACGCGUCAACUACGAGCCACUGGGCCGCCUGAUCACAGCGAUUGAUCACAGCGAUGACAUCACACUCAAUCAUUUCCAGUUGCCCCUUUUGCUCAUCAUCUACUUCCUGCAGAUUGUCCUUCUCUUCUUUGAGUACAGCCAGAACAACUCAUAUCGACUGGCGUCAAUGAUCAUCUCGACACUGUUCGUGUGGCUCAUCGCGUUUGACGCCACCCAAUUCUCAUUCAGGUCGUUCGAGUCCUUCCCGAUGGAGCGCCUGGUGAUGCGUCGGUGGAUCCGCUGCUUCGUCGUGGCAUUCCCGUGCAUCGGCACCUCGCUGGACUACAUCGUCGACUGGAAGAUAGUCAACAAUCGUUACAAUGACGUGCUGCAUCAGAUGGAUGGCGUGCUACAGGAGAACCUCCACUUCCAGGAGCGCAUAGGCAAUCAGAAGAGGAAGGUCGAGAUCAACAAUCAGUUCCUCACCAGCACACUCAGUCAGUUCAAGAAGACAAUCAACUCGGCAAGUCCAAUGAUUGGCUUCCUGAUGGACUCUGAUGUGCAGCCUCAUCAAGCGCCCUACCUCCAAAAGAUAUCCAAAGCCUUUGAUCAACUCAAUCAAAUGUCUAAAGAGGUUCUCUACUUCUCCGAGAUCAAGGCACUCAAGAGUUCGGACUGUGAGAGAACAUUGUUUGGCGUGGAGGCAUUGAUGGAAGAGAUAAUUGCCAAUCCUACAACAAGGAGCUACUUUGAGGAGCGUGAGGUCGACCUCUGCUACUUGAUCGCACCAAAUGUACCGGCGACAAUCACUGGCGACCCAACCAAACUCAAGCAUAUACUGCAUCGACUCGUCAACACUGGACUCAAGACAACGUAUCAAGGAGAGAUCGUUGUGAAGGUCACAACACAGCCCGAUCCGAACAGACCGGGCACCGAGUUGCUGUCAUUCUCCGUGACCGACACUGGUUGUGGUGUCGAAGAGGAUGUGAUGCCGGCCAUGUUUGAGCCCUACGUUUUGGCGAUGGUCUAUGGCUUUGAGAAUGAGUUUGGCAUUGGCCUGGACAUGCCCAUCUGCUACCAACUCUCGGUGCUCCUGGGCGGCACCCUACA